CCCCCGUCGAGCUGUCAUUUGACAGCGGCACAAAUGAAUCCCAGUGCCGCAGUAGUAGGAGCUGGUCACCCGUUUGAAAGCACGUCUAAACAUCGGCGUUAAAUUCAAACGGGACGCGAACAUGACAGGAUACAUGCCAGUCUCUGCAGACUGAGCACAAACGCGUAGGAGGAGUAUUCAGCCGCGCGGUUGUAAGCUGCCAGCUAAUGAUAACAGCUAGCUUUGCAGGCUAGUGGUAACUGGCUAACCAACGGAGCCCUGCGCUGUGCUGUCAGUGGGCAGCUGGCACGUUAGCGAAGGUCGGUGCGGACUAAUGUUAGCUGGUAGUCAAGAGCGUUUAGUUAGCCAUUCGCUUUUACUAACAUAUCAUUUAACAGGUUGUUGAAAGGCUGCGUGGCGCGUCAUCAGUUUCCCCUCUGUCACGGUGCUUCGUUUGUUAACCGUUUUGCGCUAAUUGUACGAAAUUAUUCGCGAAUGUGUUUCUAGCUAGCAAGCUACACGGGUAUGCUAACGCCAGCUCAGUGAGAGCUCACGGGCAGAGGUGCGGAGAGCCCGAGGCAAGUCAAGGAAGGAAGAGAGGUGACUUAUGAUGUGGGAUGAGGGAAGCAGCGGUAUGUCAGUAGGCAAAGGGGAGAAGCAGUAUUAACUUAACAUCGCGUGUUUCACCCUCCACACAUACUCGUCGACAUAGAAGCACAGCGUCAGUUAGGCUGUGAGGGGCGUUGGAUGAAGGAAAAGAAUUGGGGCACUUUGAUUUCCGAACAGGCUAAAUGAAUAGUGUUGGUGUUAUUUAGUCGCGAACCGGUGGCCUCUUCCAGGCAAAAUACUCUGUCGAGAUCAUCGUAUAUUAAUCAGCCAGUUUGCUUUUUAAGAUGGCUACGGCGAGCAGCAUUGCCGCAUCCAUUGCGAGCAAAACGAAGACCAAGAAAAAACACUUCGUUGCUCAAAAAGUGAAGCUCUUCCGUGCCAGCGACCCUCUGAUCAGCGUGUUGAUGUGGGGAGUCAACCAUUCGAUAAAUGAGUUAAGCCAUGUUCAAAUCCCCAUUAUGCUCAUGCCAGAUGACUUCAAGGCCUAUUCAAAGAUCAAAGUGGACAACCACCUCUUUAACAAGGAGAACAUGCCCAGCCAUUUCAAGUUUAAGGAGUACUGCCCCCUGGUGUUUCGAAACCUCAGAGAGCGGUUUGGCAUUGACGAUCACGACUUCUCGAAUUCUCUGACACGUAGCGCUCCCUUGAACAGUGAGGCCCAGGGACGGAGCGGCGCCCGUUUCCACACCUCCUAUGACAAACGCUACGUCAUCAAAACCAUCAGCAGUGAGGAUGUCGCUGAAAUGCAUAACAUUCUGAAGAAAUACCAUCAGUUCAUCGUGGAGUGCCAUGGCAACACACUUCUGCCUCAGUUUCUGGGGAUGUACCGACUCACAGUGGACGGAGAUGAGACCUACAUGAUUGUUACGCGCAAUGUUUUCUCCCACCGCCUCUCUGUCUACAAAAAGUAUGAUCUCAAGGGUUCCACUGUGGCAAGAGAGGCCAGCGACAAGGAGAAGCAGCCGCCCCAACCAGAGGAUGCGCCCCCGCGGCCCAAAUCUGGUAACGUUCAGCAAAGGCUGCAAACACUGCGGAUUGCCACGCGCUUUUACUGCGCCAUGAAACACGUAAGAGAUGCCAAGGAACUGCCCACCUACAAGGACAAUGACUUUGUCAAUGACGGGCAGAAGAUCCAUGUUAACGAGGAGAACAAGAAAAUGUUCCUGGAGAAGCUUAGAAAAGAUGUGGAGUUCCUGGCCCAGCUAAAGCUCAUGGACUACAGUCUGCUGGUGGGGAUCCACGACGUCGAGCGAUCCGAGCAAGAGGAAGUGGAGAGUGAGGACAACGAGGCCGAGGAGGAGGGCGAGAGUGACGGAGGGGGCAUCGGGACGCCCCCCGACAGCCCCAGCAACACCCUGGACAGCACCAAGCCUCUGUCGCCCGGAGAGUUUGAUCCCACCAUCGACGUCUAUGCCAUUAAAAGCAAUGACAGUGCUCCCAGGAAGGAGGUGUACUUCAUGGCCAUUAUAGACAUCCUGCAGCAUUACGAUGCCAAGAAGAAAGCUGCCCACGCCGCCAAGACUGUAAAACACGGGGCCGGAGCGGAAAUCUCCACGGUGAAUCCUGAGCAGUACUCGAAGAGAUUUUACGAUUUCAUCACCACUAUCCUGUCAUAGCCUCCAGGAGCGACGGGGGGCGUGGGGGGCACAGAGGCACACGAGGAAGGGAGGGCGAGUGGGGAGGAGGGCGGAGAAGAAAAGUGACGGAGAGGAAACGAAACCAUCGAGAAGCUGAUUAAUAAGGUGUCGAGAUGGUUUUCUGUCCUCUCGUCUGUUCGGUUCUCGUCCUCUCUCCUCGUGGGGUGCCAUGCUCUGCAGCUAAAGAGAAAACAUCAAUCGUUUACAUUUAACCUCUCCUCUGUUGAGUUUUGUUUCCCGUGUUCUGUUGGAUGAUAAGGGUGUUGAAAGCAAGUGUUUAAGUUUUUACAUUUUUAUUUUUUAAUGAUUUGUUUUACUAGUUUUGUUUUCGUGGGGAAUAUUGCUUUUUCAUUGCCUCUAACAUUCGGCGUUGUCGUGGUUUUUUUUUGUUUUAUAUUUUGAUGUUUGUAUUUGUGUUUGCGAUGUUCAGAGGCAGGAUGGGGGAGGGUUUGGAAUGGUGUGCGAGUGCAGAUAUUAGAUAACAGCACAACGUCCUUCUUUCUGAGUGAAAGCUUGCGUGUGAUGAGAAUAAGGAAGUUUAUGUUGAGCCUCUAAUGCAAUUGCUUUAUUUCAGGAAGUAGGAAGCAGUCUUCCAAUAGGCCAACAGCCAGACUCUGCCCUGCAAAUGCUAUACAAGUACUCUGCCAAACAAAUCUUCCUGUUUUGGUUCCAACCCUUUAGAUGCAUCCUCUUCCCCUCGCGUUCUGUCACGUGUGUCGUUUAUGAAUUUGGCUCCUGGGUUCUCCUCGUGCCACACGUUCAAACCCACACUCGUCUGAGUUCACUCAUUACAAUGAAUUAUAGUGCUUGUUUCGUGCACUUGUCCUGUCCCCCCUCCCCCUUUCGCUUCGUCGUGGAGCACAAAAGCGACCGAGCUGAAGACGUAUCAUACAGCGUCGUCUCCGUGCGUUCCCUCUCUCAAUAUUUUGGGCAUUGUAACUUUAAAGUUGUGGUUUCUAUUCCUGUGAUGGAGAAUGACCCGGACGUUUUGUGUGGCUGUAAAAAACAAACACAAAAAAAGUCAAGUCACUCCUCGUGUAAGAUCGAGCAGCCCUCACACUUUCUGUUGCCAUCAGCACCUUAUGAGUAAAAUCAAAAAAACAAAACAAAAGUUGCACUUUUUUGUUGUUAGGUUAGGAAAAGGAACAUGGCUCUCUUUAGAAUUGAAUCUUAAAAGCCUGAUCGUGAACUCUGUCUCGUCCACCACGUUGUACCUGUGAGCACUACUACUCGGGGAAGGUGCAUGCAUUGUCGUUUUUGUCUUUUUUGACCCUUGUAGAAGUGCUCCGUGGUGGCGUGGCAGGUGUUUUUUGGGACCAGGCUAUCAAGUGUGACCGUGCUCGUGCAUUCAGGGCAAACCGAAGACAGUUUUACCUCCAGCGUCACACCAGCCGUGUGUCAGUGUUCAGAAGUUUUACUGGCGGGGGAGAAAAAGAGAACAGGGAGGAGAGAAGUGGGGAUGAGUCGCUGUACAUGUGUAAAGAUGGGCGUUCAGUCGUAAAAAAAACAAAACAAACAAACACCGUCAGCAUCGUUCUCUUCCCUAACCUCAGCUGUGAGUCUGUUACUCAUCGUUGUUUGUGUUGUUGUUGUUGGUUUUUUUUUUUACAAGUGGUUUAUCUGUGUUUGGAAUUUGGAGGUGAUGAAUAGAUGUGCUAAUGUUGUUUUUGUUUCGUUUCGUUCCACUUGAGUUGUUUUCUUUGUAUAUUUUGCACAAGAGGAAAGGAACCAAAUGUUACGAAUCUGAUCCCAAUUAGUCGAUAUGGUCUUAACAAGGGAAAUGCAAUAUAUCUGUGUGUGUCGGUGAGAAAAGUUGUCGUUGUGCGCGUGACGUUGUGUAUCACCUCUCGAUAACCAACUAAAACAAGUACCGUCGUCGUCCUCUUUUUUUGACUCUUCUUACCCACGUGAAAAGCUUCCAUUGCAAUAUGUUUGCUUAGAUAUCAUAGAUUAUAUUCACAUUUAUAUUUUUACAUUGGAUUUUAGUCAUGAAGCAUAGUUGUAUUUAAAAAAAACAGGAGCCACCCGUGGGAAUGAAUGAUGAUGAUGAUGCUGUGGUUAAUGAAGAAUGAAAGUGUUUGAAUUUACCCGAUGCUUCGUAUAGAUGUACUCCAAAAAGACAAAAAAAAAAAGAUUUGCAUGUCGCAGGACUAAAUUUUCCGUCGCCCUCUGUCGUCCGUGUUGUUAACCGUUUACCACUUUAACCACAUUUGUGAGCCGCGCUCCGCGUAAAAACCUCGUCCCUUACCAUGCUUUAAAUAACUGUUUUUUUUCAUUGUAUACACUGUGCAAGAUGUGUGCCUUUAUACUCCGAAAUUAUUUAAUUUUAUAUUUUAUAAUCCUUUUUUUUUUCUUUUUUAAAGAAAAAACAACACAGGUAAACGGUUAUUUUAAUAAUGGAUUGUUUUACUUUUACAUGCAUUAUUUCCUAAUGUGUUUUCGACCACCUCCCCCCUCUGUGUUUUGGAUUCGUUCCUGUUUUCAGUCAGUAAAAUACAGAUAGUGUUGCUUUCAGCUACGUUAAGUUUUAAGAUGGUGGAUCUGUCGUCCUGAUGUUUUCAGCGAGGCGUCUUCUUCCUCAUUUUCAAACUGGAGCUAGUGUCUGCUGAUACUGAUCCGUUUGGUUGUUGUUCAUGCUGGUCCUGCCUUUAAAAAGAAUAUGUGUAUGUGGCAGUGAAACGUGGAGUCCGUGUCGAUUGAUUGUGUUUUGUUCACAAUUUGUCCCUCCCUCGUCCCAAAUCCCAGGUGCAGAUGUGAUUUUUUUUUUUUUGUUGUUGUCCGAUAUUUCACCUCCCUAAUAUUCGACUCGAGGUUUUCUCGCUUCAUUACCUCCGUGUCAUUUUUUUUGGUCGUUGUGUGUAACCCGGAUCACCUGCUUGUUAUCAGGGAGAUCAUCAGCUGAUCGUUCGCUUUGAGUCAGUGGUUAGUUGAUGUGUCUGUGUUCUUUCACUGUCAGUGGGCCGUUUUCAUGUACAUAUUCAGUAGUUUGUGUCAUAAGAAACAAAAACAAAAAAAAACAGGGAAUGAGGAAACACAAUCAACACAAAUCGUGUUUGCUGUUUGGUUUCCUUUUAAGUCACAUAUUCUGCAGACGUGGAAAACAGCAGUUUGUUUUUUUUCUAAUAAUAACUGGAUUUCAUGCAAUGGCGUCAACGCCAGACUGUAACAGAUGCAAACUAUAAGACACUUGUACAGUAAAAACACAGCCGUACCUUGGAAUGAAUAAGUCAUGACUUUUCGUGUCAUGAGUGAAUAAACAGCCAUUAACCACAACCACCAGUCAACCUGCUGCCAGCUUAACUUAACCCCCCUCCAAAAAAUGCUCCACAUGAGCUUUAAGAACACGAUUAUGCGUAAUGUUUCUGAAUUAUUAUUUUUUUCUUUACUGUGAGAAGAGAGAGCAAGAAAUGCUCCCGUGUGAAUUUGUCCAGUGUGGUUGUAUAUCAAGUGUAAAAGUGAAAUUUAAGAUUUUAACAAAUGCACCUGACUGGAGGCCAGGCAAGAUCUGCAGAGCUGGUGAAGUUUUCUUUUUUUCUUUUCUUUUUCUUUGUCUUUUUUAAUUUGGGCUACAAAAUUGAAACUGAACAAAUCCUCGUGCACAACAAAAAAUAUAUAUGUAUAUAUUUUUUGAAAAUGCUCAGAUAUAGUUGCAUUUGCAUGUAGACGUUGAAAAACAA